CGGGGUCGAUGCGAAGGCGCUGCUGCAAGGUUUGAUGACCAACGACAUGGGUCUUCUGGAUGAGAACGGCAGACUUCCGAGCAUAUCGGCGGCGUUCCUCAACCCCAAGGGACGCGUGAUAGCCGACGCGUUGGUGACGAGAAGCCCCCGACACGAGGCGAAGGGGAAGCCGGGAUAUCUGGUGGAUUGCCCGCUAUCCGUUGCAGAUAGCCUGAAGACCCACCUCAAGCUUUACAAGCUGAGGUCCAAGGUCAGGAUAAAGGACGCUACGGCUCUGUACGACGUUUUGGUGUCGGGAGUGCGAGACCCCUGGCAGGCGCCUGAGAGGGAGGGAGGAGGGGACGUGUCCCCUGCGGCAGCGGGACGUUUGGGUGAUGGUGCUGGUGGUGGCCGGGAGGCCCGUUUUCCGGAUCCGCGGAGCGCCGCGCUUGGAGUGCGGCUGAUUCGACCGAAGGACGAAACCGGUCUGAUGAAACAUCGAUGUUUUUUUUUAAGUUCAGAUUUGCAGGAUAUCGGAACUCACGCAUGGCUCUUUAUUUUUAGCGGCGCCCUUCGUAGAGCCAGCACCACCGCCCUGUUUUCAACGAUGUGUCAUCUACCAUCUCUCUAA